AUGCUGAUAUACUCAAAUUAUAACUUCCUAGAUGUAAAGCUUGAGCUGCAGGUCAGACAUUCGGAUGGAACUUUGUCCGAAAGGACAAUGCAGGGAGACUUUUCGCCGCCCGGCCUGCGGUUCCCCAAUGGGGGUGUGAUAAACAACCACUUUGUCGUAAGCGGGACGUUUCUAACAUCUUCGAAACAAGAGUAUGCGCUUUGGGCACUCGAUCUACGAACCCUGAGCUGGGGCCGGAUAGAGGCAGGCGGCAAUAUUUUCAGCCAAGGCAGCUGGAACAGAGGAAUUUUGUGGAAUCGCAGAAACACUUUCGUUAUCCUGGGCAAUCGAAAGCGAAGCCUUGUGGAAGACUAUAAUCACCGCCGGAUCAACUUCUCCAAUAUAUGCGUGGUGGAGUUGGAAGCUUUCGGAGUGUACGACAAUCCGCGAAAGGUCGCACCCAGCUCAGGCUUCACAUCUGUCAGUGAGCCCGGAUAUACAGACGGCCUUGAUUUGAAUGCAGGAGGGCGAUUGCUGUCGCCUGCAGCAGCUGAGCUAGGCCAAUUGGCUCUGGGCAUGCGCGAAUUGGCGGACAUGGAUUUCCUAGCCACACACGGCGAACGCAUCCCUGUCAACUCUCAUCUAAUUGCACGUCGAUGGGGGCCGUAUUUUAAUCAACUGCUUCGCGAAAGCACGAUCGCACCCGAGAAUGCGGAUACCGCGACGCUUAGGCCCGUUGCCGGCAUGCACCCUUCUCGAAAUUCGAGCAUAACCAUAACACCGUCUAUUAAGACCUCUUACUCGGCCGCUACGACCCUCACAAACAAUACCAUCACCUCCGACACCUCAACUGCCGCAGCAUCUAGCAUCGGACCACCAGACCCUGUUGCUCAACCUCCGGCUUUCAGGCCUCGCACGUUAUACCUCCCGCAUACGCAUCUUACCCUACAGGCCUUGAUACAUUUUCUCUACACUUCCUCCUUACCUCCAGUGAACUCCUCCCUUUGCACGCCACAAAUACUUUGUUCGCUUCUGCAACUUGCCCGACCUUAUCACAUCGACGGUCUUCUUGAGGCCAUAAUCGAGCGCCUGCACUUGAUCCUCGACAACCGCAAUACAGCUGCCAUAUUCAAUGCCGCUGCCAUGGCUGCAGGUGGAGGGUCCGGCGUAAACUUUAUCGGAGCAAACGGCAUUGCUACGAAUGGCACUUCAAACGGGGUCGCUGAUCCCGCGUCGAUAUCUUCAGCUGCUGCAGAACGGUCACUAGACCCAGGACUUCGUGCUCUCCGAAUCAACACUGACGUCGAGACAAACCACGACGAUGAAGUCAGCUCAGCUGUGUCGUCUGCAACGUCAGCAUCGGCAAGCGAUGCGGGAGACGGAAGCGGUAUCAGUGGCGGGCGUGAGGUCUGGAAUGGGGAGCUAAGUGCCGUCGUAGGACUACAAAAGCGCGGGUUGAGAGGGUUGAUGGAGGGUCGGAGAGCAAGAGAAAGGGAAAUUGGAAGAGGUAGCAGCAGAAGUAGGGAUGACGGCGUGCCUCAGAAUGGAGAUGCCGUUGGCCUGGGCUUGAUGGCGGGUGGAUCGUGA